UAGUGCAGUGUAGUGUAGAACGGGCUAUAUGCAUCGCCGCCGCUUGAAAGCGUCAGUGAACGAAAGAAUUGAUAAUUUGUUUAUACGUGUAAUGGACAUAUAACAUUUUAUGAUAAAAAGCGAACAAAAGCGUUAAGUUCGCAUUAGCAAUUUCUAUUCCUUCGUUAGUGAAUUUAUUAUAAAAUUGUUACAUAUUUUUUUAUUAAAGAAAUAUUCUGCAAAGGCGAUGUUAUCAACCUCAUUUUGACAAGAUAUUUUACCUAUUUUCUUCAAAUUGUCAAACGUUCUAAUGUAGCAGAAAUUUUAUAAAUUGUUCUAACAUUAUCAAUGGAGACCAAAGUGACUAGUAAAACCAGCAGCUUGAAAGCUCUGCUGCUACGAGCUUGGCGAGAACGCUGGACUGAUUUGCAAUGGGGUAUUAAUAUCAAAACGAUUCUACCCAGAGGUGUAAGUGGCGAUGUAUAUAACUUAGCAGAUUGUAUAUUACAACAAGCGUUAGUGGGGCCAGGACCUAAUCAAUUAGUAUUGUCGUAUCUGAAGCACUCAUUAAGCUCCCAGUUGGUGUCGUAUGCGGCGGUUUUGCAGCGAAUAAGCAAAUACGAUGCUUUCCAUAAGCCCCAUUGUAUCGUAAGUUUGUUGGAGUUCCUAGAGUCCAUACAAGUUGGUAUCACGUGUCGUGGUAAACCGGAGGAGGAUCUUCUGGCGGCAGCAGUUUUAUCUAUCGUACAUUGGCUUCUGCAGUGUUACUUGCAUACUUUGACGAAAGCGCCUCAAAGCAAUCCUCUAUCGCCACAGCCGAGCGAGCUCAUAGACAAACCUGCUAGUAUUUUGCAGCAGAUGCUGAAUUCAGACUUUCUAUGUGCUAUGAUGUAUCUAGCUAAAUAUGACGACAAAGAUCUAUACAUAGAAGUUGUAAAGAAAUGUCAAGAGAUCGAGACAUUACUGAAGACGAGCACCCAAAAGUCCGUAGUACCAAUAGAGGAUUCUCUGAAAAAGUUAUGUAAUUUGGAGAUCGAGAAUCUUUGUCCCGAGAAGACGAAAAUGGAGUCCAUCACUCACUGCCUACAACCGCUCUUUGCUGUUCAAGUAUUACUGAAUCCCAGCACCGAGACAACUGUGUUUGUCAAUCAGAUGCUGAUGGUGCAGAGAUUAAAGAGCUAUACAAACGCGCGACUCUACUCCGAGAUCAUUCGCGCUUGUCUGAUGUGCCUGCACAAUGUAACAGGAACAUUCAAGGAGUCGCAAUGGGGUGCCUUCACGUUUCUAAAGGUGCCUCACAUACUGAAGGAGUUACAUGUGGCAAAUCUAAAUGGUGAUGAUAAAGUCGAAUACUCGCAAGAUAUCCUGGAUGCGUUCGAUUUGUUGCUUCAAUUCACGCCUCUGCUAGACAUAAUGGACGCCACAUGCUCGUGUAAUUACGUGGAAUGUUUGCUAAAUGAAUUCCAGAAGGUAAACCUUGUAACGGAGAAGCAAGCAAAGCAAAUAAGCUCUAAAAGGGAGGGAGUGACGUCGACGUCGUCGAUUCCGAAGGUAAUUGUACGCGCGGGACAGACGUUAAAUGGGAUCUUGAGGACGCUGAAUGCUGAUUAUGCGAAAAUCCAGGAGGGCUUGCUGAGCGUGCUGUAUCAGGUCUUGACGGGGAAGAGCUUCGAAUUGAUGCUGGCCGUGGCGACCGUGGAGGGAGAAUUGAAGACCUUCGUCACGAAACUCAUCAAAUUUAAUGAAUGCAGCAAACAAAUCAACGAGUCCGUACCUGACAAGACAGCGGCGACAAGAGCAAUGUUGUUCGACGUAUCGUUCCUUAUGUUGUGUUCUAUAGUGCAAACGUAUGGCUCCGACGUUGUCUUGGAGGAAGGCGGAGAUUCAUUUUUUGAGCAAUGGGUACGCGAAUGCAUGCCGGAACGAAACAAGUUAAAAUCGCCACAGAGAAUGCUGCAGAACGUUGAUCCGGCGAGAGUGGACGCUCUGUUAGCGCAGAUUAACUCGCCGGAUCCUGACUUCAAAUCGAGCAACCUGAAAUGGCACGUCGCAUGCCAGUCGGCGAUGGGCGCGGUGAAGGAGCUGCUCUUCGCGUGGGAGAGCGGGGUGCUGGGCGCCGGUGACGUCAAGAGAGCUCUGGAUGGUUUGCGGGCGACAGCUUCCUGUCUGCCGGUCUGCGCCGCUGCUUGGUUGUGCGCAUACAUGAGCAUCACGCACCAGGACGCUCUGUUGAAACCGAUGAAUAUGGUCCAGCACUUUCUGACUCCACUGUCAGGCCAGGAAGUGAUGAACGAGAUGCAGGACAAUCUUAAAGACAGCAAUAAGAAGGACAAUCUUAAAGAUAGAUCCUGCUUAAUGGUCCAGAUUAUUCGGAAGAUGCAAUACGACGUACAUCCGCCUACGCAGUCAAAAACAAAAGUACUUUCGAUGUCUCACAGUAUUAUAUCGCGGCAACCAAUAUUGGAACAAUUAGAGUCCGUUUGGCAGAACAUAAAUCAACGUGGAUGGAUAAACAUACAAGCAACGCAGUCAUUAGAAUCUCUGCUAAAUACCGGCGGUUCCCUGUGGUUCGUCACGAAUAUAGUCAAGGAAGUGCUCAAGUAUCGCUAUCAAGAAGAACUGGAUCAAGCCGUGGAUCUAGCUUUCGCAAUCUUUCAUCUUGACAUAGAGAACUGUACUCUGGAUCUUAUAAAUCAUAUAAUACCGCAGUAUCUGCACAAUUCGCUGCAGAGUGAAGAGCUGGUGGAACCGCAGUCGUCCAUUUUGGCAAAAUUGUGUGUGUAUUGCAUAUUAUCUACUUUGGAGUACAACAACUCAAAUCCUUAUCGGGGUAAUAACCGUAAGCGUGUGCGACGCGACCUCGAUGCGGACGAUUUGGACGCGCUUGGCGUAUCUAAUAAGCUCUUGCGGCUAAGCGAAACGGGCGAGAGUAUUCCUAUGUUCGGUUCACAAAGCCCGCAGGCACAGGGUUCGACUAACGGGCAGAAGUCGGUGGUGGUCUUGAGGGAUCCACUUAUGACAGCGUUAAGCAAUCUGUUUACUAUAUUCUCGUUUCUGGCUGGUAGAGACGGCGAGGUGUCUCAACAAACUCAUUUCAUACUCCAAUUCCUGCGGCUCAUGGUGCAAUGUGGAAAAGAUAGAACUCGCAUCGUGCUGCAGGGAAUGCCGCAAACGCUGGUACCUUGUCUUCUCAAAGCAUUGCCCGAAUUGUUCACAACUGACAUUCUGCUAAGACUAUAUGAUAUACAAACUGUGAUCGGACGUAGAGCUACCGCACGAGACCUAUGCAUGUUGCGGAAUAUUAAUUUAAAGCCCACGAAAUAG